UAAAAACUUAAAACAAGAUUCAAAAUAAAAAGAAGGACGAGAAGAGAAGAGAUUUCAAAACGCCAGGAGAGAGAGAGAGAAAGCGGGAAGAAGAAGAAAACAACAGAUAGAGAGAGUGAGCGAGUGCAUUCUAUACUUGUCCUUUUUCCUUCUUCGUAGUUUCGCUCUCUCAAUCUCCAAUUUCUGCCACCGUCAGAUCCACCGCCCCCUCCCUCAGAUCUCCUUUGAUCUACUUCAACCAUGGAGGCGAUUUAAGAGUUGUUGCAACUGUCAGACUCGAUGCGCUAAGGCCAGGCCAUCCUCGCCGACGAAGACGUUGACGAAAACUCUACCGCCUCCUCUCGCCGCUCCUCAACUUUCCUCAACGUCGUCGCUCUCGGCAAUGUUCACCAGCGUGGAGUCGUGGAAUGUAAAGAGCCUUGAAGCCCUACCAAGUGCACCAGAUCAGGUCGUGACCAAUAACAGGCUGGGUGAUGAUGAACAUUUCAUUCAGAAAAUCAUUUCGACGAUCAAGAAACUGCAGCCAAGUGAGGAAGCAUUUUACGUUCUGGAUUUGGGUCUUGUAAGCAACCUCAUGGACACAUGGAAACGUAACCUUCCAAUGGUCCAAUCUUUCUACGCCGUCAAGUGCAACCCACACCCGGAUCUUCUCGCCACCUUGGCGGCUCAAGGUUCAAGUUUCGACUGUGGAAGUCCGUCUGAGAUUGAGUCCAUUUUAGCACUUGGAGUUUCUCCGGAUCGCAUCAUCUAUGCUAAUCCCUGCAAAGCUAGCUCUCACAUCAAGUACGCUGCUGAAGUUGGCGUUAACGUAACCACUUUUGACUCGGUAGAUGAGAUUGAAAAGAUCCGAAAAUGGCACCCGAAAUGUUCUUUACUGAUCCGGAUCAAAGCUCCUGACGAGAGUGGAUGCAGCUUCCCACUGAGUUCCAAGUUCGGAGCUCUCCCUGAAGAAGUGUCUUUGCUCCUCCAAGGCGCUCAAACUGCAGGACUCAGAGUAGCUGGGGUUUCAUUUCACAUAGGAAGUAAGUCCUACAAUUUUCAAGCAUACAAAACAGCCAUAGAGGCAGCUAAGGAGGUUUUCCAGGAGGCGGCUAGGCUCUGUAUGCCUCCCAUGCAUGUGUUGGACAUUGGCGGUGGCUUCGUGUCCGAGCCAUCGUUCUUUGAAGCUGCGGCAGCAGUCGUGAAAACCUCUGUGGAGACCUAUUUUUCAGCGGAGGAGCGACGCAGCUUGAAGGUGAUAGCCGAGCCAGGUCGGUUUUUUGCAGAGACCGCUUUCACGCUUGUCACCAACAUCAUCGGGAAGCGUGUGAGAGGGGAGGUCAGACAAUACUGGAUCAACGAAGGGUUUUUUGGGUCCAUGAUGUGUGCGGACCCUAAAACCCUACUUGAAUCCUGCAUUGCUCUGAAAUGCAUGUACAAUAACAGUGAUGGCAUCGAGAAGAAUCCAGUCUUGAUGGUCUGUGGCAAAGCUACUGGCUGUGCUCGCACUUACAGUUCGACUGUGUUUGGUCCGACGUGUGAUUCGGCUGACAAGGUGUUGGAGGGUGACCAGUUACCAGAACUGGAGGUGAAUAAUUUGCUGGUGUUUCUCAACAUGGGUGCUUAUACGUCGGCGUGUGGCAGCCACUUCAAUGGUUUUGGCUCCGCCAAGAUCACCCAUCUUACUAAUUAACUCAUGAUGAUGCAGUUUGCAGCAAUAAUCAUCCCGUGCUCAAACUAUUUCUCACAUUUGCAAAAUAGCAACCCCCUGCCAUGUUGAGAACUUGUGAUAGCAAAUAUCCUCUUUUUUUUCCUCUUUAUUAUUAUUUUUUUAUCACACAAAUAUAUCCUUGUUGGCUGCGUCCAACGUUCGUACCAGCGCUUGCCGUGGUAUUACUUGUCCUUACCAUAAGAAUCUCAUGAUUGUGCUAUAUGCAAUUGUACCUCUGAUUAUUAUCGAAUAAGAAUGGAGCCUAUAUGGAUUAAAAU